AUGGCGGCAAGGCCUUUAUUUGCCCUUUUAAGCCUCGCAUCUUGGGCUGUUUGCAGCGCUGUUGCUGAGGAGGCUGCCAAGCCAAGACCCGAGGGAAUUAUUCUGGACAUUAGCAAGGAGGCCAUGGACCACGUUACUGUAGAGUCAACUGGUGACGAGUAUGGAGUGACUAAAACUACCUUUACCAUUCACGAGGGGUAUGCCGCCGAGACUGUUGCCGACGGCUCCAAGAUGAUCAGUAUGUUUAACUUGGAGUUUAAAUCUCCUAGACGCGUCGAAAAGUAUGUCGUGGGUGACAGAAUGUUUGUAGUAAUCACCGUAGAGCCUGCCCUUUGUCUCUCCUUCGAGAAGGACAGCGGCUGGUGGGUUGGGAUACCGAUUUAUUACUUUUAUGAGCAAGUCCUGUUCAAGGGGCUCGAGGGCAUCGUCAUAGACCUUGAAAAGUUUGCCGAUGGAUCCCUUUUCUCCGCCGCCGAAUUUGGCUCCGGUAAGAAGCAUGUCUUUAAAGCUCCAGGCAAGCGCAUUCUCAAGGUCGUUUACGAUGAAAACGUUCCCCUUAUUGCUAGCGAGGGAGUUGUACUGGGUCUUACAGUCUAUGCUAAUGGCGAAAAGAAGAUUGCGCAGGUCAUUUACAUUCACAAGGAAUGGGAGACAAGGAGGGAAUCCAGAAUUAAGGAGGUCUUCUUCCAAAAGACAGAGGAGGACUGGGUCAAGGUUGAUGCUAAAGCUGCCGCUACCGUUUUGCAUGACAUGAAUCCUGAGUUUCCCGCAGACUACAAGACUGUGUACGAUGGAUUCUCUGUAUCCGGCGUCUUCUUGGCUAUUACUACCAUCCUUGCCGUUGCCUUGUUCUGCUAG